AACUAGCUGCUAUUAUCUCAACUCGUAACGUAACAGCUUCAGGCCGUAUGGAUGUGACACCUUCAGAUGGCUCAGAGUUUGAGCACAGAGGAGAACCGUAUGUGUGUGAUCACGUGAAGACUGAGGAAGAUGAAAUUCCUAUAAAUACGGCUACAGGGCGUCUAGAGGAAAACCCGGGCACUGGGCUAUUAAAUGUGAAGGAAGAGGAUGAGACAGAUGACAUGAAUAGUCAUCAGACUGAAAUACAUUGCUCCCUCCCUGCCGGGCGUCUAGAGGAAAACCCGGGCACUGGGCUAUUAAAUGUGAAGGAAGAGGAUGAGACAGAUGACAUGAAUAGUCAUCAGACUGAAAUACAUUGCUCCCUUCCUGCCGGUGAUGUUAAGGCUGAAGUCACUCUUAAUACUGAACAGACUAAUGGCCUGGUAGCUCUGAAGCAGGAAAUUGGUGACAAUAUCAAUACUGGUGAUUUUAAGACAGAAGUUACACUUAAUGAUGAACAAACACAUGAUCUGUAUGUAAAGAGUCAACUGGAAGCUGUAAAGCUGGAAAUCAGUGACAAUAUCAGUACAGGUGAUGUUAAGACUGAAGUCACACUUAAUGCUGAACAAACAAAUGAUCUGUAUGUAAAGAGUCAGCGGGAAGCUGUGAAGCAGGAAAUCAGUGACAAUAUCAGUACAGGUGAAUUUACAAACUGCAGUAAUCCUAGUCCUAGCCAUGGUGAAAAUACAGAUACUUGUUUCAAUUGUCUUCAAAUUGAAAGAAGCAACGUGGGAAAUUUAUGUUCUGAAUAUGGGAUUUUUUUUACCAGGAAAUCAAAUCUUUUAAGACAUCAGAAUAGUCAUAAAGGAGAGAAAGCAUUUUCGUGUUCUGAAUGUGGGAAGUGUUUUGCUCGGAAAUCAUAUCUUAUUGGCCAUCAGAAAAUUCAUACAGGAGAGAAAGCCUUUUCGUGUUCUGAAUGUGGGAAGUGUUUUGCUUUCAAAUCAACUCUUAUUAGACAUCAGACAAUUCAUACAGGAGAGAAAGCCUUUUCAUGUGCUGAAUGUGGGAAAUGUUUUGCUCAGAAAUCACAUAUUAUUGUCCAUCAGAAAAUUCAUACAAGAGAGAAAACAUUUUCAUGUUAUGAAUGUGGGAAGUGUUUUACUGACAGAUCAAAUCUUCUUUGCCAUCAGAGAAAUCAUACAGGAGAGAAAGCCUUUUCGUGUUCUGAAUGUGGGAAGUGGUUUGCUCGGAAAUCACAUCUUAUUGGCCAUCAGAAAAUUCAUACAGGGGAGAAAGCCUUUUCGUGUUCUGAAUGUGAAAAGUGUUAUGCUCGGAAAUCACAUCUUAUUCGCCAUCAGAAAAUUCAUACAGGGGAGAAAGCCUUUUUGUGUUCUGAAUGUGGGAAGUGUUUUGCUGUCAAAUCAGCUCUUAUUAGACAUCAGAAAAUUCAUACAGGAGAGAAAGCCUUUUCAUGUUCUGAAUGUGGGAAGUGUUUUAUUGGUAAACAAACACUUAGUAGACAUCAGAAAAAUCAUACAGGAGAGAAAGCCUUUUCAUGUUCUGAAUGUGGGAAGUGUUUUAUUGAUAAACAAACACUUAGUAGACAUCAGAAAAUUCAUACAGGAGAGAAAGCAUUUGCAUGCCCUGAAUGUGGGAAGUCUUUUGCCAGGAAUUCACAACUUAUUACACAUCAGAAAAGUCAUACAGGAGAGAAAGCCUUUUCAUGUCCUGAAUGUGGGAGAUGUUUUACUGAAAAGUCACAUCUUAUUACACAUCAGAAAAUUCAUACAGGAGAGAAAGCAUUUGCAUGCCAUGAAUGUGGGAAGUGUUUUACUAGGAAAUCAACUCUUAUUGCACAUCAGAGAAUUCAUACAGGAGAUAAAGCAUUUACAUGUUCUGAAUGUGGAAAGUGUUUUACUGACAAAUCAAAUCUUAGUAGACAUCAGAAACUUCAUACAGGAGAGAAAGCAUUUUCAAGUUCUGAAUGUGGAAAGUAAUUUACUGAGAAAUCAACUCUAAUUACACAUCGGAGAAUUCAUACAGGAGAGAAAACAUUUUCAUGUUCUGUAUGUUGGAAAAGUUUUGCUCAAAAGUUACAAUUUAAAGGGAUAGUCAACACCAGAAUUUUUGUUGUUUUUAUAAAAAUUAUAUAUAGAUUUUUUUCUUUUGAUUUGCUGUUACUGAUGUUUAUUAAAAUGCAAACACUGAAAUAA